CACUUCCGGCAACUCUGGCAACUCCGACUCAGCAUGGCUGCUUUAAGGGAUCUUCUCUUGGCAGGUGUCCGGAGGCUGCACUGCGGCGCGGCCGCUUGGGCGGGCAGCCAGUGGCGACUCCAGCAGGGACUGUCUGCCAACCCCUCCGGCUACGGGCCCCUUACAGAACUCCCAGACUGGUCCUAUGCGGAUGGCCGCCCUGCUCCCCCAAUGAAAGGCCAGCUUCGAAGAAAAGCUGAAAGGGAGAAGUUUGCAAGGCGAGUUGUACUGCUGUCACAGGAAAUGGACACUGGAUUACAGGCAUGGCAGCUCAAGCAGCAGAAGCUGCAAGAAGAAAGGAAGCAGAAAAAUGUUCUUAAACCCAAAGGGGCUUCACUGAAGAGGCCAAGUCAAUAAAAAGCAACUCCUGCCUCCCUUCCUCA